GUCCUACGAGAUGUGAUCAGGCUGGGUGUUAGUUAAUAUGGCAUCGAAAUGCUCCAUACUUAUCCUCUUCGUCAACACUCUCUUGGAACGCUGGUACUUGGUAAGACAUAUGCGAUUCUUUGACGAACUUUGCUCGACGCGAAUCGCUCCAAAGCCUCCAACUCCUCGAGGUCCUGGUCAGAUAUAUUUUGUCUGGUUCAGCCAGCUGCUUAUCGUCCCCGGUGGAGGCCCAAACAAGCAAAGCCCGACACAGAACAUAAGCGUUUGCAAUUGUGUGGUCAUGCUGCCAGUUCUUCUCUUCUCAUUAUUUGCGUUUCAGUGGCACUUAGCCGUUCCUCUGCCCCUAGAAUGGGAAGACCCCACAGCAGUUCCCGCCACAACAACAACAACAACACCAACACGACAACACGGCCCAUGGUCGUUCUUGCCACCGUGCUUCGGGCGGAGGAAAGAUCAACCUGCAUUAUAUCAAAAGAGCCUAACUCACGACGAUGACGGCCACGUCUUCGAUCAAGCAAGCAACCUCUUAAACUUGGACCGCUCCUCCCCAAAGGAUCACAAUUCUCCAAGGGGCAAGGAGUCAAAACGCAUGCGCCGGCAACUCCUUCGGCGCGCCAACGAGGUCCUGGGCAGCAACGCCCUUACCACGGGCCUGUUUGUGGCUCUCAUCGUCGUGUCGGUUCUGAUUGGGGUGGGAGUGGCGUCCAUUGCUGUGUGCGGGUUCGACUGGAAGUGUCAUCGCUCCAGGUCAAGCAUAGCGGACGAUGUUGAAGUGGCUCAGAAGGAUAUCGAGGUGGUUGAGGCGCGGCCACGGAAGACUGGAUAGCGUGGGAGGAAGUGGUGCAUUUUGAAAAGCAUCUCCAGGACGGGCAUAUUUCAGUGAAGAGAGCAGGCACGCACUACCUGAGUCAGGAUUGUCAUGUGUCUUUCAAGUUACGGGAUAGAUGGGAAGACAAGGCAUCGACACUAGUACUGAAGGUAUUUGAGAGCGAGAUUACGGAUAUACCACACAGGAGCAAACAAAUACAAUCUUCAAAAGCCUGACCGGGUACCACCACGAAAACAC